CCGUAGCUGGGGGAGUCCGAAUUAACUUCCACCCCCUGCGGCUCCUUAAAGGGAAGCUGAAACGCUUUUCAAUUUCCAUGAAUUGCUGGGAUUGGGAAGAACAGACCUAAUAAUUUACGGUUCCGAAAUUUUUUUUUUUCGUUUUGUUAAUAUAAGGGGCGGAAAUCGCUUUCUAAAUCACCCGCGCGGACGCGCCCCCAUCGCUUCCCGGAGCGCCGGGUGGGGUUGUUGCCAGAGGAGAGAACCGGCGAGAGCGACGUCAUGGGCGGAGACCGAGCCAACCGAGCUGCGGACCGGCGUGCUGACAUGCGCUGGCAUGCCUCUUUCCGUCCUGCGCUUUACUGAACGACGCUAUCAGAGAUCUGCCGCCGCCGCCGCUCACGUUUGUUUUGCGAUUUUCGUAAACUGUUCUUUCCUUCUGUGCUGCGUGAGUGCCUACAGCCAAGGGCGCCCGACAUGCCCUCGUUCUGUGCAGCAUUCAGCUGCGCGAACACAGGCGGGCGAGACGAUGUGGUGUUUCACAAAUUCCCGAAGGAAAAGAAGCUUGCAGCGCAGUGGGUACGUGCGGUGAGGAGAGAUAUGUUCGUGCCGACGAAAUCAACUGUGCUGUGCUCGGACCAUUUCCGCGACAGUGACUAUCCUCGGAGCUUGACAACGAUGCGGGCAAUAGGUAUUCCAGUUAAAUCGGCGCGACUGAAGCCCGGCGUUGUUCCGUCUAUAUUCUCCUACAAGAGAAACACCUCGCCACCUCCAAAAGCGGCCUUCCCCAAGAGGAGAAAGCGUGAGAUACUAGCAGAGCUCCUUGAGAACCGAGCCCCUGAUGAACCUGUUCCACUACCAUCACCAAUCGAAGAUUUUGAAGCAGCCAGCGUGACACAGGCAUAUAAUGAAGAGUUUGAAGCUAAGAUUUCCAGCGCGCGAGAAGGUGCACACAUCGCUCUCGCUGUUGGCACACUCAACAUCGUCGUUGCCGCCAUCGUUUUCCGUAUCGGCUGUGGGUUCAAACAUGUACGGGGAAAAUACAAGCUGUCGGAGACAGCGAGAACGUUCCAUCUUACAACUCAGCUAUGAAGCCAGAACGGCAGAACGGCGUGCUACCAGAGAGAAAGGAAUGGUGCUACGCUCUGAAACGGAGACAGGCGGCGGUGCCGACCGGCGACUACCGCCAACGACGUCACAGCGGCCCCGACCAAUCACGGGCAACAGCGGCGUUCGCGCGAUGCCCUGAGGCGCUGGUGCGCGUUUUCUUGAAAAAACAGCCGCUUGCGUUUGUUUCCGCCCUUUUUGAACCAGAUAUUCGUGUUCAGGGGACUCAAAACUGUAGAAUGCCGCAGAGAACUCAUUUUUUUCGAAAAGUGUUUCAGCUUCCC